CUCCUGCCACUGCUACUGUCUGGGUCUGCUGUCAUUGCUGCCCCCGCCAUGGGCCUGGAGCUCUACCUGGACCUGCUUUCCCAGCCUUCCCGUGCUGUCUACAUCUUCGCCAAGAAGAAUGGCAUCCCCUUCGAGCUGCGCAAUGUGGAACUGCUCAAAGGGCAGCACCUGAGUAAGGAGUUCUUCCCGGUUAACAGCCUGCAGAGGGUGCCCACCCUCAAGGACGGUGACUUCGUCUUGAGCGAAAGCGUGGCUAUCCUGAUUUACCUGAGCUUUAAGUACCAGACAGCGGACCACUGGUACCCAUCUGACCUUCAGGCCCGCGUGCGUAUCCAUGAGUACCUGGGCUGGCAUGCUGACCGCAUCCGUGGCACCUUUGGUGUGUCCCUGUGGACCCAGGUGCUGGCACCGCUCAUUGGGGCUCAGGUGCCUGAGGAGAAGGUGAAGCGCAAUAGGACCAACAUAGACAAAGCUCUGCAGCAUUUGGAGGACAAGUUCCUGGGGCACAAGGCCUUCCUCACCAGCCAGCAGGUGACGCUGGCCGACCUCAUGGCACUGGAGGAGCUGAUGCAGGUCGUGGCUGUUGGUUAUCCCUUGUUUGAGGGACGACCGCGACUGGCUGCAUGGCGAGAGCGAGUGGAGGCUUUCCUGGGCACUGAUCUGUGCCAGGAGGCCCAUGGACCCAUCUUUCACAUCGUGGAGCAAGCAGCCAACAAAACACUCCCGCAGCCUUCCCCAGAUUUCUACCCGAAUAUGCUGCUUCGUAUUUCCAUGAUCCCCUGAGGGGUCUGGAAUCAGGCUCACGAGGGUCAGAAGAUGAGCUAUAAAAACUCAUUGUGUUUCCUAC